AUGACUGCAACAACGCACUCCGAGUUCAACGACCAGACAGAGGCCCUGGAGGUCGCCAACGCAUUUGCUGAUUCGGUUCGCGGCAAGACGGUCCUCGUUCUUGGUGUCAAUCGUCUAGGACUAGGUUUCACGACGGCUGAAGCGUUUGCCUCCCAAACUCCAGCGCAUCUAAUCAUUGCCAGUAGAACUCCUUCAAAGAUCCAAGAAUGCAUCGACGCUCUCGAGAAGGAAUAUCCCGACGUCAACUAUCGCCUUCUUCAGAUCGACUUAUCCAAGCAGAAAUCGGUCCGCACUGCAGCGGCCGAGGUGCUGUCUUGGGACGACAUUCCCACAAUUGACAUUGUCGUCCAAAACGGCGGCACCAUGGGCAUCGAGGAGCGUACGCUGACCGAGGAAGGCAUUGAGCUGCACUUGGCUACCAACCACGUCGGCAACUUUUUGUUUGCCAACCUGAUCAUGCCCAAGUUGAUCAAGGCUGCGGAGCGCAACCCCGUACCGGGCGCCACGCGCGUCAUUAGCGUCUCGUCAGGUUCGCCCCAGAUGUCCGUCAUGCGCUGGAGCGACCUCACAUUCGAGACCAAGAACUGUGACCUGCCCGAGUCGGAGCAGCCCAACUACGGCUUCCUCAAGAUGGCCGGGUGCGCCGACCCCGAGAACCAGUCGUAUAUACCCUGGGAGGGCUACAACCAGAGCAAGGUGGCCAACCUGUUGUUCGCCAUUGGGCUCAGCGCGCGCGUGUACGACAAGCACGGCAUCCUCAGUGUGGCCGUGCACCCCGGUGUGAUUGUCACCGAGCUGGGAAGACGUAUACCGCCCGAGGGCUUGGCUGCCGUCGUAGAGAUGGAGAAGGCCGGCCUCAUUAAUCGCAAGAAUCAGCAAGCCGGCUCCUCCACCAGCCUCGUUGCGGCCCUGGACCCGAAGCUGGGAAAGCCCGAGCCUAAAGAUGGCAAGGAGAACUAUGGCGCCAUGUUGUCCAACUGCCAGAUCUGGGAUGGAGUGAAGCCGCUUGCUAGCUCAAGCUCCGAGGCUGAGAAGCUGUGGAAGUGGUCUGAAGAAGUGGUUGGAGAGCAGUUCGCGUACUGA